UAAAGUGCAGUAUUUCAAUCAGUUCAUAAAAAUGGCUGUCACUGGGUUGACGUGUAUGUCAACUUUCCUUCUGCUGGCCACUAUCGUCAGCCCCAAUCUACCGAGAGUGAACGGAAAUACCCAUCUGGUGCAUCGACGCUUCGAGUACAAAUAUUCGUUCAAGCCGCCCUACCUGGCGCAAAAGGACGGAACCGUCCCGUUCUGGGAAUAUGGUGGCAAUGCAAUUGCUAGCUCGGAGAACGUGCGAAUAGCACCUUCGCUACGCAGCCAGAAAGGUGCCAUCUGGACUAAGCAUAAGACCAAUUUCGAUUGGUGGGAGGUGGACAUUGUGUUCCGUGUUUCCGGUCGAGGACGAAUCGGUGCAGAUGGAUUGGCGUUCUGGUAUACGACCGAAAAGGGUGACUAUACCGGUGAAGUAUUCGGUUCUUCCGAUCAGUGGGUCGGUUUGGGAAUUUUCUUCGAUUCGUUCGACAAUGAUAACAAGCACAAUAAUCCCUACAUCUCGGCAGUGCUCAACGAUGGUACGAAAAAGUUCGAUCAUCAGAAUGAUGGUUCCACUCAGCUCCUUUCCGGAUGCCUGCGAGAUUUCCGAAAUAAACCUUUCCCAACGCGUGCCAAAAUUGAGUAUUAUAACAACAUUCUCACCGUACUGUUCCACAAUGGCAUGACUAACAAUGACCAGGAUUACGAAAUGUGCUUCCGGGCGGAAAAUGUCGUGUUACCGAAAACAGGUCACUUUGGUAUUUCUGCCGCUACCGGAGGACUGGCUGACGAUCACGACGUGUUCCAUUUCCUAACAACAUCGCUGCACAUACCGGGUCAGAUAAAGGAAGAGGUUCCCCACGAUCAGGAUCAGGCCAAGCUGACUCAAGAGUAUCAGGAUUAUCAGAAGAAGCUAGAAUUGCAGAAAGAGGAAUACCGGAAAGAGCAUCCCGAAGAUCAAAAAGAGGAGAUAGACAAUUGGUUCGAAGACUACAACGCUCGCGAAUUGCGUCAAAUAUGGGAAGCACAAACUUCCACCCACGAACAGUUGAAAGCACUCAACACCAAGCUAGAUGAGGUGAUAGGCCGUCAAGAGCGAACCCUUGGUUUGUUGUCUGUUCAGGGUGGUGUUCCGACUCCCCCAAUUCAGCAGCCACAUAUACCAUCACCGCAGGGCGUUCCACAGGUUGGAUCUGGAGGGACCAUCUUGCGCCAAGAGGUCGAAGCACUGUUGCAAAAUCAGAACGUGGUGAUACAAACUGUACGUGAAAUUCGGUCUAUCAUAGGCGAGGUUAACGCGAGAACCGAUUCUAUUCUUAGUAAUCAGGCUCGGGCCCCAACAGCGCAAAUUCAGGGCGGAGGUUACGAUAUACAGAGUUUGAUGCACGAAAUGCGAGAUGGAAUGAAUCAAGUAAAACAAGGAGUGGCAGGGGUUACUCAGAGACUUCAACAACCUAACGCACAAGCAAAUGUACAAUGUCCCACUCAGAACUGCGUCGGCAUGACGGCUUUCCUGGUAACAAUUGUCGUUCAUUUGGUGGUGAUAUUGGGCUACAACAUGUACAGAGAUAGCAAGGACGCUCAUGCAAAGAAAUUCUACUGAAUUGAUCUUGUGCCGGAAAUAGCCACUAGCAAAUCCUACAGUACCGGUCGAGUGCUAGCCAAACAUCGAUGAAUAUAAAUUAUAGACUGUCCAUCCAACCAACAACCCAACCGUACGGCAUACUGUUUAUGUUCACGAUCGAAAAACUAAUGUUAACACGAUACCUAAGUGAUAAUGAGAGCAUGGUAUAUUGUAUAGGUAUUGUUGCGAAAAUCGGACGCACGAAAUAAUUAUUCCACGGAUCAAGACAAAGAAGAUAAGAUGUUGUGAAUCAAUCAAGCUAGGCUCCGAUAAGUAAAUCGGUAUGCAGAAAGCAUUUAUUACUUAACACACAACAAACGCACUAAUCUGAUUUGUUAGAUGUAUCUACUUGAUGGGGCAAAUGGAUUCUCUUUAGUUUGUCUCUGAAUAUAGUAAAUGAAAUUUAGUUUGAUGUUUUAGUCGUCAGUUUCGUGGAAAUAACAAAUUAUGUAGCAUAUUACGAGGAGGUUCUUUGUCCAUGUUGUAUUGCAAAAAUCACAAAAGUAUCUAGCAGUUCUUCUCGCAGGGCAACGUAAAAAAAUGCAGUUGUUUUAUGAUAGUUUUUUUUUCGAUGAAUGUCUGUGUAAGUGUGUUAUGUUAUGUGUGUUGAUUUACAAGAGCGAGAAUUAUUUAAAAAUAAACAAAGUUUAUGGAUUUA